AUGGCAACGGCAACGAUUCAAGAAUUGACCAAGCUGCUCGCUGACGACACCAAGGUGCAGGUGUGCGCCGUCGACGCGGACGGGGUGUUGAGGGGCAAGAUCAUGGCCAAGGACAAGUUUCUCUCCGCCGCGGUCGAUGGUUUCGGUUUCUGUUCCGUCGUCAUGGGCUGGGACAUGCAUGACCAGGCCUACGCCAAGGAGCUCAAGAUCUCCAACCUCGCCAACGGGUACCGCGAUCUGAUCGCUCGCAUCGACCUCGACACUUAUCGCCGUACCCCGACCACGCCUUCGUUGCCCUUCUUCCUCAUCACCUUCAUCGAACCGACCACGAACGAGACCCUUUGUGCGUGCCCUCGAGGCCUGUUGCAACGCAUCAACGAUCAGAUUGAAGCCGAGGGCUAUUCCGCCUAUGCCGGUGCAGAGGUCAGUCAUCCCUCCGUCAUCUGCGGUCGGUCGGUCGGUCACGAAGCCGGCGCCGUCAUCGCCCCACGAACGAGAAUUUCAAGACUGACCGAUAGCAAACCUGCUUUGCUCGUCCGCAACUGUUUCUUGCAUCAAUCUUAACCCCUGCCAGUACGAGUACUUCCAAUUCAGAGAAACACCCGUAGUAAGUAGACCAAACCGGAUCUUCCAGAGUUUUGAACUGUCCCCAUCGCUGACGUCCCUCAUCCCUUUCCCCCACGCGCGCGCAGUCGGUCGCAGCCAAGGACUUCAAGAACCUCGAACCUCUGACCAGCGGCAUGCAUGGCUACUCGAUGCUCCGCCCCGACCUCAACAGCGAGUACUUCCAUGACAUCUGGGACAACUGCGCCAAGUUUGGCAUUCCCAUCGAAGGUGAACUUCCUCAGGGCUGCUGUUGAUGUUUUUGGCGAAUUCUUCUCACUGAUGUCCACGAUGACCAUCCAAAGGGCACCACACCGAGACAGGUAGGUGCCGCUACAGCGCAGAUUGGUCCAGUAUAGAACACGAAUAUUGACGCCUUCUCAUCUUAAAGGUCCCGGUGUCUUCGAGUCGGCCUUGGCGUACCAACCUGCGCUGCGCAUGGCCGACAACGCGACUCUCUUCAAAUGGGUUGCCAAGACGACCGGCCUCAAGUACGGCAUCAUGCCCACCUUCAUGGCCAAGCCGUACGCCGACCAGCCGGGAUGCUCCGGUCAUGUCCACAUCUCGUUGCGUGACAAGUCGGGCAAGAACGUCUUUGCUGUCGAAGAGAGCGAGAUCAAGGACGGGAGGGCGGAUGCCACGUUUGAGGAUACGAAGCGUAUCAGCAAGACGGCUGAGCACUUCUUGGCCGGCGUGCUUUUGGGUUUACCCGAUAUUGUGAGUCAAGCACUUCAAGGCUUACGAAGGGGAAAAGAAACCCAUUAAAUACUGCUCUCUGCCCCCGCCGACCAGAUGCCCCUCCUCGUCCCUACCGUGAACGGCUACAAGCGCCUCGUCGAAUCCUUCUGGGCCCCUACACGCGUCAUGUACGCCUACGAGAACCGUAUCGCCUCCGUCCGCAUUAUUUCCCCUCCUCUCGCUUCCCCUCCGGCAACGCGUCUCGAGAUCCGCGUCCCAGGAGCGGAUAUGAACCCUCAUUUGACCUUCUCCGCCAUCCUUGCGCUGGGUCUGCACGGCAUCAAGGAGAAACUCGAAUUGACGAUCCCUCCCAUCGAUACGAGUAAAGGUGGGGCAGCGUCGAUUCAGAGCUUCGCGAGGUUGCCGAGGAGUUUGGCGAGUGCGACGGAGAAUAUGAAGGCGACGGAUUCGAUGGCGAGGAAGGUGUUGGGGGAUGACUUUGUGGACCAUUUUGCUGGGACGAGGGUGAGCUGGUAUUGAAUUGAACGGCUGUUGUGAUAAGAGCUCUACUGACCUAUACCUGGGUUGUCCUUGUAGGAAAACGAGACGGAUCUGUUCAACGCCACUGUGACGGAUUGGGAGCUGAAACGCUACUUCGAGUUGGCUUAG